AUUUUCGACAACCCUACAUUUGACCUAUUUCAGCAGAAUCGAAGAAAAAAAAACAAUAUUUUGCGAAAAAGAAACACGAAGAUUGCGACAGCAUUCGUUUUUAUCAGUCACGGACAAAAUAGUUUAAAUUCGCGGACAUUGCAGCAGAUACAGACACAUAUUCCAGUGCAAACCAAUGUGCGCAAAAUGAAAGUAACAAUCAAGUCAUGGACGGGAGUUGCAACUUGGCGUUGGAUAGCGAAUGAUGAGAAUUGCGGUAUUUGUCGCAUGUCCUUCGAGAGCACUUGCCCAGAGUGUGCGCUGCCCGGUGACGAUUGCCCCCUAGUGUGGGGUGUCUGCUCCCAUUGUUUCCACAUGCAUUGCAUUGUCAAGUGGCUCAACUUGCAACCAUUGAACAAACAGUGUCCCAUGUGCCGCCAAAGUUGGAAAUUCAAUAUACACUAAGCUAAGAAAGGAAUCGGGCGGAGGACACGA